AUGGGUCCGCUUUCCGUCACGCUCUGCCCGGGGUGGUAUGACGGUACCAACGAGCCACCUCGCCUGAGGGACGGUCCGUCAAAGGGCAAGGUGCUUCGGGUGGAGGUGCAGUAUUACACGCCUUGGGAUGUCGAGGCACGUUCACCGUGGGUGGCGGUGGGCAAGGGCUACCACAUUGCGACUGAGGGUCUCGCGGACAGCUGCGUCGAGCUGGCGCGCACUUGGUUGAGGGAUUGCACCGCUGGUUCGGGCAAGCAUACCAAGUCCGGAUGUCUUGCUAGCGAGACAUCACCUCUUCCGAAGAGGGUUAUUGAUGUUGAGAACAACAAGCUGUACUUGCCGUUGCCGAACGAGAAGGACCGCUAUGUGGCACUGAGUCACUGCUGGGGCGGGAGCACACCAGUGCGUACCACACGUGGCACGCUCGCGGCUCAUCUCAAAACCCUGCCAUCUCCGCUACCUGCGACCUUUCGCGACGCUGUUGCCGUCACAAAGAUGUUGGGCGUUCGGUUUCUCUGGAUAGACUCUCUCUGUAUCAUCCAAGACGACAAGGACGAUUGGCGUAGCGAAGCGGCGCACAUGGCGACAAUUUAUGAAAGCGCCCUCGUCACCAUCUCGGCCGAUGCCGCCUCGUGUAGCACCGACGGCUUCCUCGCGGCGUCUACGCGGCAGACUAAACCACAUGCCGAGGUCCCGUAUUCCUUUACGGAUGCUACCGGACACAGCGUGGAGGGUGUUAUCUGCGCCCGGGAACGCGGCAAGCUCGGGCUUCUGCUACCAUACCAUGGCCUCGCCGGCGUGCGCAGUCAAAAGGAGACGGAAUACUCGUGGGCUGACGAACCGGAAGCCCCUCGCAGUAUUCUGUCGACGCGGGGCUGGGUCUUCCAGGAACGCAUCCUCUCGCCCCGCACGUUGCACUUCUCUGAGUUCGAGAUGGCAUGGGAGUGCCGUUCCAUUUGUACUUGUGAGUGCUCGGCAACAAGUCAUAGACCCUACGUUUACGAGAGCCUCCUCAAGGGGCUUCUUGUCAACGACGAUGAUCAGGAGUACUUCCGCGACUUGUGGCGCGUCGAGGUUGUGCAGGAAUACUCGCGCUUGGCUCUCACCUUUCCCCAGGACCGACUCAUCGCACUGGCGGGGCUCGCGACCGCUGUCGGGCGACUGAGACCUGAAGACCACUAUGUCGCUGGUCUGUGGCGUUCGUCACUCGGCGAGGACCUGCUGUGGGCGGUUCAACCCAUCAAAGCAAGCGCGCGACUCUCAUCGAGGCCGGCAGCGAGCUGGUCUUGGGGUUCCGUCACAGGUGCUGUAGCCUACGAGCGAUCCAGUCGACACGACCUCGGCAGGCGGCGGCUUUCAGAAAGCUUUCAAGUAGAAAGGGUUGCCUUGCGCUCCAAUGGGGAGGACAGGUUUAGCGAUCCGCUCAUGGGGUCGUCGCUGAAGGUGACGGGCCAGGUCUUGCGAGGCAAGCUCGCUGGAGUUGGUGAACAGAACAAGACGUGGUUUGUGCCAGGGGGUUGGACGCCCACAUCCACCUACACGGGGUACUUGCCAGGGAUCUCACAACCAGUGCCCUCGCCGGGUCCAUUUCUCGUGGCGUGGGAUGUGAUGACAAGGGAGACGUCUGGGCACGACUUGAGGCCAUACAGGGACAGGCAGUUGCUCUUUCUCAUGGUUGCAGAGCAGCUGGGAGGGCCAUGCGGGCUGUUGCUGGAAGAAAAGAAUUCAGGAUCGCGCCCGUCGUCACGAUGCACGUGUAGUCGGGUUGGAUUUGUAUACUCAGGUGAGGACUCGUCCCCAGUGCCACGCCGGCGCGGAUCGAUACCAGACUUGGCGGAAGAAGAGAGACAAGAUCGCGCUCAUAUGAGCUUAGCAUGGAAGAGAUGGGACAAGUUGAGUGUCAAGAUGAGAAUCAGUAUUGAGUAA